AUGGUAGACCAUGUUGUAGACAACGACUUUGUCGAUUUAGAGAAUAUAGAGCCAGCCGGGCCCAGUGAACCAGAGUCAGCUGUAAGUGGAGAAGAAUCAGAAGACCUUCAAGACCAAGAAGGCAGUCAAUCUGCCGCUGUGCAGGUAUUCAACGCGGGAAAAGAGGAACCUCCAUGGCCCGAAUUGAAUAAAUUUUUUUAGUGUUUGUUGUAAACGCAACAGCAACCUCUCGUUCGAGUGCCUUUUGUGUAAACCGAAGAAAACCGUGCUUUCCACAUAUAUUACAUCACACCCCAACCUUCCGUGCAGCUUGCGAGCAUCAUUUUAGCACUAGUGGUCUGAUACUGAGGUCCCACCGAAACAGUUUUAAUGACAAACAUUUUGAAGCAUGCCUCCUCUCAAAGCUUUUAAAUAACUUAAAGUUUUGAAAUAGAUUCAAAACAUUUUAAUUGAUGGGUGUAUAACCGUUGAGUUGUUUUUAUCGUUUUUCUUCACUUUGCGAACACUGAACAUUUAUACAAAAUUACGAUGUGUAAUUUGUAAUUAAUUACAUUUUUAAAUGGUAAUUUUGUUACUGUAAUUAAUUACUUUCCUGAAGAAGUAAUUGUGAUCAGUAAUUAAUUAUAUUUUAAAGAAAGUAAUUUUAUUUGUAAUUAAUUCCUUUUUGGACGGUAAUUUUGCAGCACUGAUGAAAAUUGAUAUUUGAGAGUAGUAAACUUGAGGAAAUCACAAUGUUAUCUAUCUGAAUCAUAAAAUUGUUAACCCAAUAUAUAGAAUUAAAGCAGAAGAAAGCGCAUACACGAGGAAUUGUGAAAAGAAGCUGAUUGAUCAAUAGGGGAUUCAAGGUUUCCGACGCCAUUGGCUCAGGGGGUGCAAACACAUUGGGGCGAGCGCGCGGCCAGCGCCAUUUCCCAUACUAUUUCCUAUUAGGAGUGGGAAAAUUACGUUUGCACAAUUUGUUGAAUUUCUGCAAAAGUAUUAAAGAAUCGUUCAAUUUUACAAGUUGUGAUCAAUUUCUGGGUAUUUUCUGAUGUCUGUACGGGUUUUCAUCGGAAUCAAAGGCCUGGAAGUGUUAAAAUAUGGCGAGUUUGUUGGGACGUUUUGCGAGCUGUUUAUUAUAGUUUAGUGUUGUUUACAUGUCAGAGUGUAUAUGAAAACAUUUGGUUACUUCGAGAUUUAACGCCCGAAAUGGAUGAAAUUUUCGCUGAACAUAAAUAUUUAACAUACAGGAAACCACAUGAAGUGCGAACAUGUAAUUUGAUAUCUCGUGCGCCUCGCCGGUGCUAUUUUGUCGCUUCAAAACCUGUUAUCAGUGGUGUCGCAUUGCAGUUGAUAGCUUCGCUUCGCCGAGAAAUACAGAUCACCGCUUGUGAAGAA